UUUCUUUCGUCUGUUUUUUGUUUUUUGUGGUUUGUUUUUUUUUUUUUGUUACAGAUUCUCUUCUCAGCAUUUUGUGUAUUUGGCGCGCAGGCAAAAUCCUUCAUCAAUUCCCAGCGUUUCCAAUGUUAUUUCAAUUAUUUGUUUAUUUGUACCUCAAUGUCUCCACAUCUAAAUAUGCCCAUCGCACAGUCCACACUAAUGGAUUCUAAGGCAUUUUGCAUCCGCUUAAACACGCACAGAUUACCUACAACGUUGGAAAUGGUAGAAGAAGCGAUUCUAACGCUUAACACCGCACGCGGCAUCUCACUGCAGAAGUUGAAGAAGUACAUUAUCGAAAAGUAUCAGAUUGAAAUGAGCGCCAAACGCUAUACCAUGAUGAAGGCACAUUUGUAUACACUAUUUUCCAAGGGGACGCUUAUGACAGUAACUGGAAGGGGAUUGUCGGGUAGUUUCAAAAUACAGAAAAGGAUUAGUGGUUCAUUAGUAAAAAAGAAAUCGAUUGGUGCCAGGAAUACGGAUGGACACAUCGGCGCACGUCAACGUAAAAUAGGAGUUAGCAAAGCAAAAAGCAAUAAAUCAAAGAAAAAGAAAAAUGUGACACCAGCCAACCUAACUGAAACGCCACCUAACUAUGUGACACACUUGAUGGCUCCUCAUGCACCGCAACGCAACUCCUCGGCGACAGAUCUCAGUCAUGUUGAACAAGUAGGGGGCACACCUCGUAGCGCUGGUACGCGUGUAGGACGUAAACGAAGACUUGCGUCGGUCCAGGAACCGAUUGCGGCAUCACAAGAAUUUUAAGAAAACGCAGUACUCCGUAAACUCAAGCAUUGAGUUUUUAAAUGCAGAAAGGUAGUCGCUGUUGCAACAUUCAGUAUGAAGCAGGUCUUCAUAUUUCAUAUGUUCAUGUGCAUAGAUACACACAUAUGUAUGUGUGUGGGUACGACGUAUGUAUGCAUAGAUUC